GUCGGGCCAUUCGAGGGUUCGUUUCCUCAGUGUGGGUUGGUUCAACAGACCGUCUGUUGCGCAGCCGCAGCGCCGACACAUUCCUGAAGCGAGUAUGAGCGACCACCGUCGUCGGAAGCUCCUUCUGGCGCAGAAAGUCGACCGCUACGACGGCCAGUCGAUCUUCGUCAACGGCGAACUGCGCUACGAGCUCGGCGGGUACCUCGGUGGUGGCACCGCUGGCGUGGUCUACGAAGCGUUCUGUCCUUCCACAAAACAGCAUGUAGCUCUCAAGAUCCUCAACCCCAUCGGGUACAAACUCAUGCCGACGUCACUCCUGGCGCGCUGUCUUGUGGCCAUCAAAGGUCGUCAAAUGGAACCAGAAGUCGCCACCGGACUUCAGCCCAUGCGCACCGAGCACGUGUGGUGGCUGGUGCACCAAUCGUCCAAGCAAGCGAUAGCGGCCUACGAAGAUCCGCGGUCGGGGGCCGUGAAAGAGCUCACGCUGCCGCGCUGCAUCGAAGUAUGGGGCACGUCCUUUGACGCGGGUGAUGACGACGACGCGUCACCUACCGUUCGAGACGUGGCCGUCAAGGGCCAAGUGUUCAAGAUCCCCGUUGUGCCCAAGAAAUUUGUCAAGUUUGCACGCAACCGGUGCUCGAUCUAUCGGGAAAUUUCCAACAUGUCUGAGCUGGACGCGCAUGUCAACGUGCUGCGGCUGGACGACACGUUGGAACUGCAGCAGGACAGCAAAUGCACCAUCUUCCUCGUGCUCGAGCUUGCGGCGGGCGGCGAGCUCUUCGACCGGAUCAAGCUCGACUGCGGCACGGACGAGGCGACCGCGCGGGGCUACUUCAAGCAGCUCGUGUCCGGCGUGGCGUUCUGCCACGACUCGGGCGUGUGCCACCGCGACCUAAAGCCGGAGAACCUGCUCUUGGCCGACAACGAGGAGCUGUCGACGUUGAAAAUCGCCGACUUUGGUUUGUCCGCCAUCUUUUCCAUCACAGAAUACACCAACGGAGAUGCGGCCACGGCCAUCCGCCGCCUCCGGUCCGUCGUCGGAUCGCCCCAUUACGUGGCCCCCGAAGUGCUACAAGACGCGUCCGGCCAGGGCUACGACGGCGCCAAGGCGGACGCGUGGUCCAUCGGCGUGAUUCUGUACGCCAUGCUGGCCGGCAAGCUGCCUUUCGGGAAGGAUCUACUCAAGUGUAUCCGGUUCGACCGGUUCAAAAAGUGGUCACUGCAGACCAAGUACGACGACGAUGUGGAAGACCCGGCGCAAGAUGUCGCCGCCACCGCCGUGGACUUUCCCGAGUGGUUCUUCCCCGCGCACUUCUCGUACGAUGUCAAGGCGUUGCUGGCGCAGCUCAUGUACCCUGAUCCGUGUCUCCGGCUGUCUGUGGACGAGGCCAGCAAGCAUCGGUGGGUGCUGGAUCGGCCAAGACGGGGGGGGGUGGAGCGGCCUGGCGGGGAGGGCUUGCAGCAUGGAACAAGUUCGUUUGUCGGCGAAGGAAACGAGAAAGGGGUGGUGAAAGCACCCACGGGGGACUUGAACAAUCCAUUUCAGGACAAGGCGGAGGACGCGAUGCAUCGAUGGCCCCAUCAAGCGCAGCACCACCAUGGCACCGGACACAUUGUACGCAACAUGCACAACUUGCACGUGUCCUUGACGUCACCGCCGCCACCCGUGGCGACGUCGGGGGUUCGGAAAACCACCUCGUCGUUGUUCCAACAGGUCGUGUCGCCGCCAUCGUUGACCUGCUCCAACUCGAAUUCGUCCCAUCGGGGCCUUGGGCUGCAUCGUCCUGGGUACAUGCCGUCGGUGGAUGAAUCCAGCCCCCUCCACACUCCCAAGCACCAACAAGAUCGACAGGAUCAAGCGGCAGAGUGCAAGACCUGCAAGCGCACCAACUGCAGCUGCGAUGAAGCCGAGGUUGCCGCGGUGGUCAAGAGCGAUCCAUUCUUGUCGCCACCGAUGGCGCCUCUUGAAGACCCCGUCUCAGGCAGCAACCUGUCCCCGACAUCCUUUUCGUUGUCUACGUGGUAAUUUAAUACACGCGUCCAUUCGCAUAGACAGACCAUCGAGUUGCUUGCUGGCUGUGGUUUCCGCCGAC